GACUGUCCUCUUCAGUUCCGGAGGGGAGGGGGUGAGAGUUUUUCUCAGAAUCCAAAGAAGUCUGCAAAGUUAAGGCAAGCGGCCGUAUGUGGAAUGAGUUAUUCUGUGAGAGUCAACGGAAAAACAAUGGACGAAAGCGACAGAAAUAAUUCAGCCAAUGGCCAGUUUGUUGGAGUGCGCAUGCCCAACAGAAGAGACAGACCACGUGUAGUGUCUAAUGGUGGGCCGAAGGACGAUUCGGAAAAGUAUAAUCCGUCGGAAUGGGUUCAGAACCUUAUCAACAACGUGAAGUCUGAGGGUCACAAAGCCCAUGGAGUUUUCAGCGAGCUGGACGUCCUGAAGGAAUAUAAUGGCAACAUCGAAUGGCGUGAAGCAGCCAGGUGGGUGAAAUAUGAGGAAGUUGUGGAGGAGGGAGGAAAGAGGUGGUCCAAACCCCACGUGGCCUCCCUGUCCAUGCAGACGAUGUUCAAUCUCAGGAAAACCCUGAAGGAGGCCCCGAUCAUCAUCGACUACGAUUGCCACACCCUCUCCCAGGUCAUAGACAAGUUCACCGACGAAUGGGUGGACAGCAAUCAGCUAGAUCCGCGCUUCCGGCCUCACAUCCGGGACGUUGCCCUCAAAGGUCACAAGCAUCACCACGUCAAGAGAGCCAAGAACCAAAGGCGCGGAUCAACGACUUUGCGCCCCCUAGCGGACAUCAUGGACGAAUCAAACACCGGAAGUAGGGCCAACCUCCCAUCGUCGGCUAGCAUGGCGAGCAUCAACAGUGACGGACUGGGCAGUAGUAACAGUAACAAUGACCUACAGGAAAUGGGCAUGGUAGAGAGCCCCUCACAGAGUUCUAUUGCUACCGGCUGGAAGCCAAACACCAAUUUCCUCAGAAAAAUUCCCAAGGACUCUCACGUGGCCAACAUCAUGGUAGGUGAGGUGGAAGAUCUUCCGUCACGCGUGGUCGGCUUCAUGCGGCUGAAGGAGCCCCGGGUCUUGCAGAACGACCUCAGUGAAGUCAACAUCCCGACUCGCUUCGUCUUCUUCUGUCUUGGCAGACGCGGCGAAGAGGAGGAGUUGAUCGAGUUUGGACGAUGCAUGGGAACCAUGAUGGUGGAUGAUAUUUUCCGGGAAGUUGCGUAUAAAGCCCGGGAUAGAGACGAUCUUUUGGCUGGAUUUGACGAGUUCAUGGAACAGGUGAUCGUACUUCCGCCUGGGGAAUGGGAUCCUAAAAUCCGUCUGGAGCCCCCUGGAAAAGUCCAGUCCCAGGAACAUAGACGUCAGUCAGUGGUGGCCGGAAGUUCGGGACUUCCAGGACUUCCGUUGAAGAAACCGGAUGAUGCGGAAGAAGAAUCGCACUGUGACCCCACCCUUGUAAUGUCGAAAAUACCGUUUAAGGGGCUGAUAGACGACAUCCGGAGGAAGGUCCCCUUCUACCCGUCCGACUUCAAGGACGCCCUUCACGUGCAGUGUCUGGGCUCCUUCGUCUACGUGUUCCUGGGAACCCUGACCCCCAACGUCACGUUUGGAGGUCUUCUGGGACAGGCCACUGACCAAUAUAUGGGGGUGAUGGAGUGUAUUUUUGCCGCCGCUGUGACCGGAAUCCUGUUUGCCCUGUUUAGUGGACAACCUUUGAACAUCCUCGGAAGUACUGGACCCAUGUUGGUGUUAGAGGCCAUCAUCUACAACUUGUGCAAGGACAAUGACUGGGACUUCAUGCCGAUGCGAUUCUGGGUGGGAAUGUGGACGGUGGGCUUCAUCUUGAUAAUAGUCAUCUUUAACCUCAGUGCCCUUGUAAAAUACAUAACGCGGUUUACGGAAGAGAGCUUUGCGACGCUGAUCGCGGUGAUCUUCAUCGUAGAAGCGUUUAAGAAAGUGAUCGAAAUUGGUCAGGACAGUCCUGUCAAUUUCAAUCCCAACGCUCCAUUACCCAGCUGCGCAUGCGUGCCACGUGACUGCAACAUCACGGAAAUUACGACAUCAGCCGCACUAACUGCGUCAACUGGAAUUUCAACCGUUCUUCCUUCAACCACACCUAGCAUCGUCAACUACACAUGCGCAGAUCUGGCCAACAUGACCAUCGACUGGGCUUCCCUUUCUAACGACACAUGCGCAAUGUACGGCAGCUACAUGGAAGGUGCUGGAUGUGGGGUCCACUACGUGGCGGAUGUCUUCUUCUUUUCCAUUCUUCUGUUCAUCGGUACCUUCGCCCUGUCCCUAGCCUUUAUUGACUUCAAGCGGACCACCCUGUUUCCAACAAUGAUCCGUCAGAGAAUCAGCGACUUCGGCGUCCUAUUGGCUAUCCUCAUCAUGGUGGGCGUGGACAUUGCCGUUGGAAUUAACACCCCCAAACUUAUCGUACCUGAACAAUUCAAGCCGACACGCCGUGCUCAGUGGACCGUGAAUCCAUUCAGCGAAAAGAACCCCUGGUGGCUCUACCUAGCGGCUGGAAUCCCUGCCCUCCUGUCCACCAUCUUGAUUUUCCUUGACCAGCAGAUCACAGCUGUUAUUGUCAACAGGAAGGAGAACAAACUAAAGAAAGGCGUCGGCUACCAUCUGGACAUGUUUGUCGUCGCCAUCUGCGUGGGUAUCCAUUCUUUCCUUGGUCUCCCGUGGUACGUCGCCGCUACCGUGUCUGCGCUUGCGCACAUCAACAGUUUGAAGAAGGAGUCAGAAUGCACCGCUCCUGGUGAAAAGCCAUCUUUCCUUGGAGUCAGAGAACAAAGAGUUACCGCUCUUGGCAUUGGAAUUCUCAGUGGAUGCGCUGUUUUAAUUACAUCCGUUCUCAAGUAUAUCCCUAUGCCAGUUCUGUAUGGAGUAUUUUUCUACAUGGGAUUUUCUGCUCUACGUGGAAUGCAGCUGGUGGACCGCCUCUUCCUCUUCGUCCAGCCCGUCAAGUACCAGCCCGAUCUACCAUACGUGCGUCACGUGCCUCUCUGGAGGAUCCACAUCUUUACCAUCAUCCAGGUCCUCUGUCUGGCCAUUUUGUGGGUCGUUAAGACGAUCAAGGUCAUCUCCAUCGGCUUCCCCAUGAUGGUGCUCGCCACAGGAGUGGUUAGGAAGAUCAUCGAGUGCUUCUUCCAGCAGAGAGAGCUUCGCUGGCUGGACGAUCUUCUUCCCGGGGCCGGCAAGAAGGAAUCGGAGAAGAGCGUAGUCAGCAAGGUGCCCUACAAGUCCUUCUACUCGAGUUCCUCCAACAACGGAAGUUCUGUAGAUAUCAACGACAAGGAGGACUCCAUUAAGCCGACAUUUUUCGUUUCCGACGAAUGUGACGCCAGUAUCAUGCAUCACCGCAAAAGUAACGGAACCGGAAACACAAAAUUAUAAACCGGAAGUGGUGUUUUUUUUUUUAAAGAAAAAAUACGGAAGUGAUGACGUUAGGUGACUUUAGUCACGGCCGUUCUUGCAAUGCUUAUCAUGACUGUUCUGUAUAGAAUUGCGCUUAGAUUUGUGACGUUGAACAUCGAAAUCAUGAAAAUGUUCUUCCAAUUUGAUUUUGUUUGAAACCAAUUGGUUAUUACUGAAGUCAUGUUAAUUUUCUUUUUCAAGGUUGAUUUGUAAUUAAUAUUAAUUCAUACUUUAGUGCUUCUCUUUUCUCAGAAUCAACCAAAGGAAAUAUCACGUGACCUAUGUUUUCUAUUAAAAAAUUAUACCAGGUAUAACCAGUUUUAAGAUAAUUUUCAUUGGCUUAUUCCGUUAAUAGUCAUUCUUUUUUUUUUGCUUUAAUGAAAUUACAAAUGCAUUUAUUAUUUGAGUGAUAUGAAUUUAUUUUAUCAGUAGAAAAAUACUGAGCGUUGAUACUGUGCUCACAUUACAAUUAUUGAAGUCAAGAAAAUCCUAUUUGAUGUCGUGCAAUUUGACUUGAAUUCCACUUGAUUACUAACUUACAUUGUCAGUUUAAUUUUGAUACAUUUUUGUACACGUAUUUUUGUAUAUUUGAAUUUAAAUUGUUUGAUGCUUUGGAACUUUUUUCCACUUUAGUAAAUGUUAGAUAGAUAAUGCUGUAACAAUGGUGUAAAUAUUUUAUGAUCUUUCAUAUUUUUAAUAAAGUCUAUGAAUGUUUAAA